UCGCCUUCGCGAAGUGGUCGUCGCUCACCAGCCAUGGCCGCCAAGGCUCUGCGUUCUUCUUCUUCAUCCGCUGUUUCUGCUGCUUCGGAAGGUAAGCUCUCCUCUCUCUUCACAUACCCACGUCGGCAAUGUCCCAGAACUCGCCAUCCCCCGCAAGAACCCGCCGUUCAAAUCGCGCCUCCGCCACCAAAAUCCAAACUUUCAGACACCCAGGAAGACCAAACUCGACUCGCCCUUUUCCUCCAGAAGAAGUGUAAAUCAGGGGAUUUCACCGUGGACGAAGCGCUCCGCCAUUUCGACCGCAUGAUCUCCAUGCAGCCCUCCCCUCCCACCUCGUCGUUUCGCUUGUUGUUGGGUGCACUAGCUAAGAAGAGCCAUUACUCUGCUGUGAUUUCGCUUGGCGCAAAGCUGGAAUCUGUCGGGUUGUUGGCUGAUUACGCUGUGCUCAACAUUUUGUUGAAUUGCUUCUGCAACGCGAGGCGGGUCGCUGAGGGUUUCGCGGUUUUGGGGGCCAUUUUUCGGAGAGGUCAUCGCCCGAAUACUGUCAGUUACACUCAGUUGGUGAAGGGGUUGUGCUUAGAGCAUAAAAUUGGCGAGGCGGUUGGCUUGUUUAUGAAGAUGUUUCGCUCGGGUCGCAGGCCGAAUAUUGUUACUUAUGGCACAUUGAUUGGUGGGUUAUGUAGGAGUGGUAAUACGAGUGUGGCGCUCAAGUUACAUCAAGACAUGGUGAGUAGCAAUGGCAAGAAUAGUGUCCUCUGCAAGCCUAAUCUAGUUAGUUAUAGCACCAUCAUCGAUGGACUUUGCAAAGAUGGGUCGUUAGAAGAGGCUCGGAAACUUUUCUUGGAGAUGAAACAUAGUGGUAUUUCGCCAGAUGUAAUUGUUUACAGCUCUCUGAUACACGGUUUGUGUAGCAUUGGACAGUACACGGAAGCCAAUGUUCUGCUUAAUGAGAUGGUAGAUCAAAAAAUCCCACCUAACACAAUUACGUUUAAUUCGUUGAUAGAAGUUCUUUGCAAAGAGGGAAAGUUGAAAGAAGCAGAAAAUGUGCUCAAAGUGAUGAUUGAAAGUGGUGUUGAACCUGACAUGUUUACGUGUAACACGAUAAUGUGUGGCCUGUGUUUUGCUGGCAAGAUUGAUGAGGCAAGGGAACUGCUUGUUCAAGUGGUGAGUAAAGGUUGUCUAAUUGAUGCAGUCAGCUACAAUGUGCUGAUCAAUGGGUAUUUCAAUCAGGGAAGUACUGAAGAAGCUAUAAGUACAUACAAGGAGAUGAUUGAUGAAGGAGUUAAGCCAACGGUUGCCACCUUUAAUACAUUGAUGAAGGGUUUCUUCCAGAGAGGUAGGGUUGGUGAUGCACGGAAUUUGUUUAGAGAAAUGAAACGUCAUGAAGUGGAACCUAAUACAAGCACAUUCACCAUAUUUAUUGACGGACUUCGCAAAAAUAAUUACCUCUCAGAGGCAUUAGAUAUUUUUCAUUCUCAAGAUCCCAACAUAAAGCUAAGUGUACAGACCUUCAAUUCCCUCAUUGAUGGAUUGUGUAAAGCAGGGGAUCUUGAAGCUGCAUGGGACUUAUUCCACAGGUUACAAAAGGGUGGGUUAGGACCAACUGUUGUAACAUACUCUAUCAUGAUAAAGGGACUCUGCCAACAAGGUCAAUUUGACAAGGCAAAUGAGUUAUUUAUGAAAAUGGAAGCCAAUGGUUGUGCUCCAAAUGUCGUCACAUUCAACACACUGAUGCGUGGUUUUUGUCAAAAUAAUGAGAUCGUUAAGGUGAUUGAGCUGCUUAAGAAAAUGGCAGAGAGAAGUAUUUUACCAGAUGACUUUACGACAUCUGUGGUGGUUGACAUGCUAUCAAAGGAUGAAAAUUAUAAGGAGUAUCUCAAUUUACUUCCUACAUUUUCUGCUUGAAAGCUAUUGGAAGAAGACACUUUUCAGUCAUUGGGAUGCUUUUUGCAUAAGGACCGCAAUGCAGCCGUCAAGAUAUUGAUCCUGACCUUGUUCUCGUUGGUGGUUGAAUUCCACAAAUGACAAGCCAUGAAUUCUUAUCAAAUAAUGGACAAAUCACACUGAUUACAGGAAAACUGGAUUUUGGUCAAAAAGCAUUUGGAAUCUACUUUCUGGUAUGCGCAUUGUUGAAAACUAGGGAAGACCAAGCAGCUAAUUGGGAAUGAAGUGGGUGAGUUAGGUCACUUUUUUUGGACCAUUGCUAGAAAUUUGGCUUUAGCACUCUUUAAGUUUCUUGAAGUGGGGACAAGUACCUAAAAAUGUGAAGUUGAGGUAGUUUAACACCCUGAUUAAAUGUAAUAUGUUGUUUUAUUCUUAUUAUUGUGACAAGUAAAGCUCUGGAUUGUUGCAUAGUACAUUUUGCACUUUCUUUUGCAGUCUUAGUUUGAAUAUCUUUGAUAUUAGUGCAUGAGGAUAUGGAUUAAGAAAUCACUUGGCACAAUGGAGGAACUAUAAGAACGAUUAGGAGGCACGCUAUUAUGAUAGCAUGAGGUCAUUGUCAUAUCAUUUAACCCAAGUUACAGAUAGUGUGAGUAGAGACCCAUGGACAAGCCUUGUCAUCUUCAAGGGUCGGGGCAAUGCGUUAAACAUUCAAGUGUUGUUUCGAAGUAUAAUAGUAAGCAUUACAACUGUCUUCAUCCUGCUGCUUGUAAUUCUCUUAAAUUGGAGAAGUUUUAGCAAGACAAACAAAAAAAUUAGGUCGAAUGGAAAAACUGGCCAUACUUUGGGAAAGGAAAGCUAUGCUAGGAUCACCCUUGGAAAGGUAUAAAAGCAAUGAUUAAUCAGCCCUAGGAUUACCUCUGGAAAAGUAUCAAGCUAAAAAUGCAAUUGUUUGUCUUAUCUAAGAUAAUUGUGCAAAUACAUUUAUGUUUCUGUCAAUGGAAUACGAACUAAGAUAAGUCUUUCUGUUUUUUUUUUUUUUAAUAUGUACAAAUGAAGGAUAUAUUGGAGCUGUAUUCUGACUAAACAAAAGAAGAUAUUGUUACCUUAGCUUAAAACCUGGGUUAUGUUUGAUAUUAGUCCUUGUCUUUUAGAAAUUUCAGCCUCUUACAUAUAAGUAUUUAGCAAACUUGAACUUGAACUCAUAGAUAUAGAAGGUUUAAAGAGUUCAUCAAUUGGUGGACCUACAAAUAAUUAUACAAACUUGGAUCAGAUGAAGAGGAUGAUGGUUCAUGCACUGCAGACGAUAAGUCGUGGUAAUCCAGCUGACUUGGACUUUGGCUCAUUGUCCACUACGCAGGGAAAAUUCCAAAAAUCCCCCAAAAGUGAGCCCAAUUUCUCAAAGUUCCUCCUGGUGGCUACGGCUCCAAGUCCACCACUGAGCAGGUCACCGAGUGCCGCCGCAACCUCCGCUCUAUCACUGCCAUCACUGGUGCGAUGUUGGAAAUCAAAGCCGAGAUGGCUUGGGUGCUGGUGAAGUGCGGCACAAGGCGGGUGCUCCCCGGUUGGAGCCUCAAAGCCGUUAAGACAGCCGGUGCUUGCAUCAUCUCUGAGGGUCCUGAUUGCUAAACUCUGUUCACGACCAUUUGCAUUUUCUCUGCACCAACGAAUUGAAAUUGUGAAAUUUAUAGAUUAGGGUUUGAUGGGAUGUGCGGUUUCAGACAUUUUGGGACAAAAGUACUUCUGUUAAGGGCUGGACACAUGACUCGCAUGUGAUCGCCUUUUGGCCAAUAUUCUGGCUGCCAAUGAGCUGGGAAGGGGGGGUGGAGGGGUCAUCUGACACGAUGCCGCUAACUUCAGGGGUUUUUCUGGGAAACAAAUCCCAUUCUGGGAGGAACUUUGAGAAAACGGGCUCACUUCAAAAUGCUAUUAAUUGACUUUCAUGAAGUGUUUAAAUUGAGAUUCGGUUAAUAAUGGCGUUGUCCUUUUUAUUGUGCAUUAUACUUGUUUCUGCUGCUAAA